AUGAGACUAUACCAUUCACUAGUAUCGCUAUGGCUUCUUGCGCUUGCCCUGGCUCAAGGCAGCGGCCAAAUAACAAAUCCAUUGACUUCUUGCUCUUCCUCAAACACCGCUAGCGGGCAGGGCUUUUUUCUUCAGUACAAUUCCUAUGGCGCCUGCACCACCCAUUGCUCAGGCUAUGCCUUUGCUAUCAUGAAGGGGCUGUACUGUUGGUGUUCCAACUACGCUCCUGACGACACGGUCUCGGUUUCCGAGUGCAGCGACCCGUGCGGUGGCUAUAAAACCGACCGCUGCGGAAACGUAGACAAGGGCCUGUACGGUUAUGCACAAAUCGGGCAGGCCAGUGGAACGUCGUCUCCCAGCUCGGACGCGGCCUCUUCUUCCUCCUCCUCGAGCAAGGUCGCUGUUGUUUCCACGCUGGCAACCGUCACUCAAACGUCCUUGAUGUCCACCACGGCAACGACGUCCGUAACAGCAACGGUCCCUGUGGAUUCAUACCAGUCCUCAUUGACUACAGAGAUCUCGUCGACGGUGCAGGCAUCGUCUACCACGUCUAAGACGUCCUCCUCUUCAAUAGAGGACCCAACAACCACAGAAAAGCCCUCAAUAUCUGUCACCACGGUCAACGCAAGCAUAAUCAAGACGGUGACCGUUGUGCCUACGUCCUCUAGUUCGUUCAAUGCAACAGCUAGCGAGCCAACAGGAACUCCAGCGCACCAUAAAGAUACAUUCUGGAGCGACGGCGGCAAGGUCGCAGGCACGUUUGUUGGCGUGGGCAUCGGCGUGGUGCUGAUCGCUGGGUUGCUGUUCUUUUUUCUCUUCAAAAGACGCCAGAAGAAAAGACACGACCUGGCGGUGCUGGCAUCGCCCCACGGCUCCAGCGAGCACUCCGGCUUCCAUCCCAAGGGAUCCUUUUACCACCGGCGCCAGGCCUCGGGCGUCAGUGAUGCAGACACGAAUCUCGUGCCCAUCUUCGACCAACGCAUGGAACCAACGCAAAUGUACAUGCACUGGGACCAGUCCGAGUCGCAAAUCAGCCUCGCCGACCACGAAGACUACUCCAGAAGAGUGCUGCGAGUCGCAAACCCAGACGCUGAAAACGAAAAGGAGCCGAUUCCCUAG